AUGCCAAACAGGUACAUCAAAGAGUCUGAUGAUCCAGAUUUGACCACCGAACGUCAAGACUGCCCGUUUGAUACAGACGCGUUUGCCGCGGUGAUCUACUCCGGCAAGGAAAAGGUUGACCAGCGAAAAAAGAUUGCUGCGUUUGUCGAGAAUACUCCCGAGCUACGCAAUUUGAGCAAUGAUGUUAGCUAUGGCUCGAAAAUGGACUGGAUGGAACAGGCGUACAGAAACCAUACGGUAGCCAGGAGAUUUCAAAGUCAAAUUGUCCCCGAAGGCGAUAGAGUUGCAUAUGAAUUUUACAAAAGGUUUCUAAUAUGCAUAUAGAAUCUUGACAAAUUGGAGUACAAAGAAAACUGUCUAUAACGAACAACUCUCUAAAACUAAUCUUAUCCAUCUGUUGGGAAAAUAAUGAGCACAUUUCCGCUCCGCGGAGCUCCGCCGAUCUGAAGUGAAAAGCAAUUUCAUUUGGUCGCAACACAGUUCAUUUUCUCGGCGCACAGCAUUCCGAGGUUUUUUGCCGCCACCGAUCGGUGCCGAUUUUCGCUCAAAAUGACAACAGGGCUGCGCGCCUCGGCUGAUAACUAGCUAGCCCAAAAAUGAAAAAGAGUAAAAAUUGAUUUCCAGAUAGAGUGAAAAAAGACCUAUCCAAUGAUAUAAAUAGGUCCUAUUGACUUUCUCCCCACAACGAUCUUUUUCGCCUACAAAAUUACAAAUUUUUUUUGUUUAUUCAUGGAUAAAUGCACUUUAUGAGGGCAUAAUUGAAAAAAAAUGGUACCACUCGAUUGCAAAUAGCCUCUUCUAUGACAUAUCCAACAAUAAGGGAAAUUCUGGCCCUUAGGGCACUACAAAAUCCAAAAAAAUAGCGUAUUUUACGUGUUUUUGCAUAUUUUUCGGGAUUUUUUGCACCGGAUGCACAAAAAUGAAAAAUCGGCUGUCAUAGCGUUGUAGUGCACACUCGAUUACAUAUAUCUGCCAAAUUUCACAUUUUCAUCUUUACUCCACUUUGUGUUCUGAGCCGGUUUAGGUGUUAAGGCAACAUCGCUGCAUAGGGCAAUGCCGGAUGCCGAUUUUAAAUUUUUUUUUCAUUUUUGAGACAUAUUACGUUCAUAUCAAUAUUAGAUACUGAUUUUUGCUCCAGAUGACAAAAUACCCUUUCAUAAAUUCAACUUAAUGACACCAACAUGUUUGAGUUCAACAUGACGAAAAUAAGGGAAUUUUUGUUUCAGGACUAGUAUUUAGGUGACAGCAGACCUGCCAGAAUAUGCUCCGACGUUUAUUUGGCUAGAAAAAGCUAUGGAAUCCGGAUGCAGCGACGUCCCGUAACACGUUGCACAUAUGCGAUUUUACUUAAAUUUACGUUAUAUACAUGACGUUCAAAGUCAAUACGACUGAAAAGACAGAAAAUUUUUUUUAAAUCGGCAUCCGGCAUUGCCCUAUGCAGCGAUGUUGCCUUAACACCUAAACCGGCUCAGAACACAAAGUGGAGUAAAGAUGAAAAUGUGAAAUUUGGCAGAUAUAUGUAAUCGAGUGUGCACUACAACGCUAUAACAGCCGAUUUUUCAUUUUUGUGCAUCCGGUGCAAAAAAUCCCGAAAAAUAUGCAAAAACACGUAAAAUACGCUAUUUUUUUGGAUUUUGUAGUGCCCUAAGGGCCAGAAUUUCCCUUAUUGUUGGAUAUGUCAUAGAAGAGGCUAUUUGCAAUCGAGUGGUACCAUUUUUUUUCAAUUAUGCCCUCAUAAAGUGCAUUUAUCCAUGAAUAGACAAAAAAAAUUUGUAAUUUUGUAGGCGAAAAAGAUCGUUGUGGGGAGAAAGUCAAUAGGACCUAUUUAUAUCAUUGGAUAGGUCUUUUUUUACUCUAUCUGGAAAUCAAUUUCUACUCUUUUUCAUUUUUGGGCUAGCUAGUUAUCAGCCGAGGCGCGCAGCCCUGUUGUCAUUUUGAGCGAAAAUCGGCACCGAUCGGUGGCGGCAAAAAACCUCAGAAUGCUGUGCGGCGGCGAAGCGAUUUUCGAUGCAAGAAAGUGUUCAUUGUUUUUCGGACAGACUGAAAGGCAAAGUUGAUUCUCCGUACAACAAACCUCUCUACAACGAAUAAAGUUUUUUUUUGGUCCUUUGCCAUUUUUUGACUGUGAUUGAUGUAAUUACAGUGGGUGACCUGAUCCAGUGGCAAAAAACAUACCAUUUUGCAUCCAGGAAGGAUCAAAAAUGUGGCAAAACACCUCACUCUUCAAGUGAAAAAAUUCGUUUUGAAGGGCGCAGCAUUUCCCUUACAAAAAAUAGCGGGCUCGCUUUUGAAAUCGUAGUUUUUUCACUUGAAGGGGAAGCAUUUUGCCACAUUUUUGACACUUCCCGGAUGCAAAAUGGUACGUUUUUUGCCACUGGAUCAGGCCCCCCACUGUAAAAACUCAAUUUUUUCAGGUUGACCGUUGGUUAUAACAAAGGGCCUGGUGUCCUAUCCGAUCGCAUUGUUAUCCCAAUGUUGGAUGCAUGCUGUAAUGAAGAGCAGCGAAAAUUGUUUUAUGAACCGGCCAGCCGAUUUGAACACUAUUCAGCGUACGCUCAGACCGAACUGGGCCAUGGUAAAAAUUUAUACUAGUCCGUCGGGAAAAUAAUGAGCGCAAUGUUGCAACGAAAAUCGGCUCGCCGUCGAGGAGAUAAACUGUGUCGCGACAAAAUCGAAUCGCUUUCACUUCGGCGAUGCGAUGCGCCCAACGAUAUUGCACUUAUUAUUUUUCCGACAGACUAAUUUCAUGGCUAGAUUCACUUUUCCAGGGACAAACACUAAAGCGCUGGGAACGAGCGCAACAUUUGACCAAGCCACUCAAACCUUUGUCAUCAACACACCCGACCUGCAAUCCUACAAAUGGUGGCCGGGAAAUCUUGCAAAAGUCGCGUCGUGGUGUAUUGUUAUGGCAAAUCUCAUUGUAAAAGGACGAAAUUACGGAAUGCAUCCGUUUUACAUUCAAAUCAGAGACGAAAGUACACACCAGCCUCUGCCUGGGAUUACUGUCGGCGAAAUCGGCUCCAACUUUGGAUUGGCCGCCAACGACAACGGCUAUCUAGCCUUGGACAACGUCAGAGUGCCAAAGAUUGCAUUGCUCGCCAAACACUUCGAUGUGACUGCAGACGGCACUUAUGUUCACGGAGUGCAUCCAAGAGUAGCGUAUGUUGGAAUGAUGUCGGUGCGGGCUUGGAUGAUCAAAGAUGCGCUUGGAGAGACGCUGGCAAUGGCAGCGUGCAUUGCGACCCGGUACUCUUGUGUUCGACGACAAGGAGAGAUUGAAACAGGGUAGGUGUAGCUAUUGUACAUACACAUAUUAUCAGUCUGUCGGGAAAAUAAUGAGCACAAUGUCGCUGCGCCCAUCGUGUUGCUAAAACUGAAAAGUAAUUUCAUUUUGUCGCGAAACAAUUCAUUUUCUCUGCACUUUUCAAUGCGACAGAGUGCUCAUUAUUUUCCCGUCAGACUGACAUGUAUCGCUUGAUCAGCAAAGACUAUUGUUUUAGAAAAGGCGAGGUUAAGAUCAUUGAGUAUCGAACUCAACAGUAUCGAUUAUUCCCGCAGAUCUGCCGAGCGAUUUGCAUCAUCUUUGCCGGUCAUCGGGCAAGCGAGCUUUACUUUCAAAUGUGCGAGGAACUGGAGAAAGGAAAUGUACGUUGAAUUGGGCUUACUAGCUGCUUGUCGGGAAAAUAUUGAGGUCUCGGAAAUCACAUUGCCGUCGAGAAGAUGAAUUGUGUCGCGGCAAGAUCAAAUUGCUUUUUAAUUCAGCAAAGAUAUCGGCGCAGCGACAUCGUGCUCAUUAUUUCCCCGACAGACUAGUAUGCAUACCUCAUUUUUGAGCCUUUAAAAUUCUAGGCCUCCUUGAUGGACGACGUGCAUGCAAUUACUAGCGGCUUAAAAGCAGUUUGCUCCUUCCAAGCAGCACAAGGCAUCGAGCAAUGCCGUCUGGCUUGCGGUGGCCACGGCUACUCGCAGGGCAGUGGACUCCCUUCGAUCUACGCAAACACCGUCGCCGCCUGCACGUACGAAGGCGACAAUUUGGUGAUGCUUCUCCAGCUAGCCCGCUACUUGACGAAACGAGCCAAGGAAGUGUUUCUAGGCAAGCGGCCAAGGCAGCUGGCGAGUAUGGCAGAACAUUUGUCCGUGAUAGCAAGGGACCACAGCAAGUACAGCGUGAAUGAAACUAGAGCUCAAAGAUGGACGGAGAUUAAGCUGGCAUUUGAACACCUAAGUCGGCGACUGACAAUGAAGGCAUUUGACUUGUUAAAUAAAGAAGUCCAACAAGGGCAUUCCAGUGAGGUGGCUUGGAAUAAUAGGUCAGUUGAGUUGUGCAAGGUGAGGCCAAAGUGGAUUUUCAAACGAAAAUUCUCCAUUUAGGCAGCUAAAGCGUUUACUCGAGUGUUCCUGGCCGAGACGUUCGUCAACCGAGUGUCGCAAAUUGCAGACCAAAGUGUCAAAGAGGUCUUCGAAGACUGCUUGGACUUGUACUUGCACUAUGAAUUGCUGGAAUGCCGCGCAGACCUGCUAGAGGUAGGCAAGGCUUAACUGUGCCGCAAUUUUUGUUGUUCUAGGACCACUUUGUGACUGAACAACUCCUCGUCGACGCACAGGUCGCUUUUCUGGAGAGUCUGCAACGGCUGCGACCGAAUGCUGUGAAUGUUGUGGACUCGUUCGACUUUUCGGACAGACAACUGGGAUCGCAGAUAGGAACGAGGGAUGGCCAUGCGUACGAGAAUUUGUAUGAAUGGGCAAGGAGAAGCCCGCUAAAUAAGUAUGACGUCCUGCCGUUUCAUCAUGAGACAAUUGGGAAACUAAUGAAGGAGGCUAGAGCCGGCAGCAAACUAUGA